AUGCCACAAAACCAAGAUCUAACCAGAAGAACCAGUGGACGCAGCACUCAAGGAAUUCCGCCAGCCCGAUAUAACCCUGACACUUACGAUAUGUCUGUCGUUCGCUCACCAACAGGAGAUACGCCUACCAGCAGCCACCAAAAACAGCAACAAAUGCCAGCUGCAGCCGCAGCCGUCAAUACACCGCCGGCCAAUACUUCUAAAUCUUCUUCUUCUUCUUCUCAGUUACAGCUCCAAAAACCGCCUUCAAAUACACCAGCCAAAACACCAAAUCCUGCAAAUGAAUUAGCCGAGAUGAGAAAACUUAUGAAAUUUGAAAUGGAAGACGAAUUUUUAGCAGCACAAGCAAAAAUGCAAGCACAACUAUUAAAUACGUCACAGCAGUUUGCUUCUUUGCAAAACACAAUGUCGCAGCAAGCAUUGCCUACACUGACGUCACAACCACCAAUUUUCUCAAAUCAAACGACACAACAACCGCCAUUGAAUACGCCGCAACAGCCACAAAGGAAUCUGCCACCACAGCCGCCAUUGAAUCUGCCACCACAGCCGCCAUUGAGUCUGCCGCCACAGCCGCCAUUGAAUCUGCCAUUACAUUCAGUAGUUUUGCCACCACAAACAGUACCGCCAACAACAAGUCAACAGUUGCAGACUCAAGUGCAUCAACUGCCGCCAUUGUCUAUCAACACAGAUGAGUCUUUUCCAAAUUCACUUUCAAAUAACUCCAACGGAAAUGCACAUAAAAAAAUUUAUCCCUUGCCUAUUUUUUCAGGUCUUCCAGAGGAGUGGCAGGCAUUUUUCGAAGCCUACGAGAGCACCACAACCGAAUUUGGUUACUCCAAUCUCCAUAACAUCAUGCGUUUGAGAGACGCAUUGAAGGGCCGAGCAAGGGAAACAGUGGAAUCCAUGUUGGGGAGUUCUGCCAACGUCAGCGCCAUUUUGGAAAUUCUGCAGGAAACAUUUGGUCGACCAGAGCAACUUAUCCGAAGCCAAGUAGAAAAAGUCCGAGCCAUUCCACCGCUGGCAGAUGAUAAUUUGGAUGCACUUGUCAACUUUGCCAACAAACUCUCCAAUAUGGCCACUUUCCUAAAAAACGCCAAGGGUGAACAUCAUCUAUCCAAUCCAUCGUUGCUGAGUGAGCUAGUGUCCAAACUGCCGAUAAACCGCCAAAUGCAAUGGGCCGAAAAAUGUCUGCAACUCCAGCACCCCGCCACUAUAGUUGAUUUCAGCGAUUGGUUGGGAAUAUUACGCCGUCUCGCACAUAUGGUCCACGACACACAGCCAAUUUCAGCAACCUCGUCCAAUCGCCGACACACACAAACACAACAAAAAAAAUACGCAUAUGUCGCUGUCAGUUCGAGCUGUCCAAUUUGUCAGGGAGAGUGCAACAAUAUAAAAAUCUGUCCACACUUUUUAAAAAUGACCAUCGAUGACCGAUGGAAUAAAAUUAAACAAAUUAAAACUUGUUUUUGUUGCUUAAAGAGAGGCCACCAACUUAAAAAUUGCCACUAUAAGCGUCGUUGUGGCAUAAAUGAUUGCCAAAAAUCACACCACCAAUUGUUGCACAAAACACUCGCGACGCCAUCCCAGGAACCGAACCGAACAUUACCCACACACGAUUUGGAGCCACGAACGAACACCCCAUCUCUUCCCGACGCACCGCCGUCUCAAACACAACGAAGAAAUUGUCAUGCCGCCCACUACACCGAAAACGUACUGUUCCAGAUUUUGCCCGUGACGCUAUACGGAACACACAAACAAAUAACGACGUACGCGUUCAUUGACGACGGCGCCAAUGUGUCCAUGCUGGACGAGGACGUUGCUCGCGAACUCGGAGUACACGGGAAACCGGAGAUUUUAAAAAUUCAGUGGCUUAAUAACCAAAACAUAAACGAAAAAACAGAAAAAAUUAAUUUGACAAUUAGUGGUGUCGUUCCCUUGGAAGCUCCUCGUAUGAUGACCGAUGUUGGACCAAUCAUUACCCUAACGAGAUUAGGCGCCGUAAUUUAUGGACCGAUCCCAGGCGAGAAGAGUUCCAAUCUUAAGCGGGCUUUACACGUUAGGAAACGUUUCGAGGAAGAAAAUUGUGACUUGCUUAAGGAAAUGUAUACCAUGAUGCGGCAAUAUUUCGACGUGGAGACAUUGGGUACCAAGGUAAAUGUGACACCAAUUCUGUCCAUAGAUGAUGAACGAGCGUUAAAAAUAUUGAGAGAAAACACGAAAAGAAUCGAUGGGCGAUAUCAGUGUCCGCUUUUGUGGAAAGAACAUUUUUCUCCAAUUCCAGAAUCGUACAAUUUGUCGUACAGCCGAUUGCAGUGUGUGGAACAAAAAAUGGCAAAGGACAGUGUAUAUGCAGCUCAAUAUUGCAAAAAGAUAAGAGACUACGAGGAAAAAGGAUAUUGCCGUAAACUUUCAGUAGCAGAACGAGAAAGAAGGAGCGACCGAACGUUUUAUUUGCCACAUUUUGGCGUUAAAAAUCCCAACAAAGAUGGAAUUCGUAUCGUCUUCGAUGCUGCUGCUGAAGUUCAACAAUUUUCAUUAAAUAAAGCCUUAUUACCUGGACCUGACAUAAAUAACUCUUUAAUCUCUAUUCUUUUUAAAUUCAGGGAAUUUCCUGUAGCCGUGUGCGGAGAUAUACAAGAGAUGUUCCACCAAAUUGUAAUCGCCAAAGAAGAUCAGGACAGUCAGCGAUUUCUAUGGAGAAAUGGGGAUCCCAGUCAACCCUUAGAAACUUAUGUAAUGGAACGGAUGAUUUUUGGAGCCACUUGUUCGCCCACCAUAGCCCAAUAUGUAAAAAACCUAAAUGCCCGAAGGUUUAUAAAUGAGUCGCCAAGAGCAGUACAAGGAAUCAUCGAUCGUCAUUACGUAGACGAUUACGUCGACUGUUUCCAGACUGAAGGUGAGGCAGUUGAAGUGGUACGUGAUGUCAUAAAAAUUCACAAAGAGGGUGGAUUUAAUCUCCGCAACAUCAAGUCUAAUUCCCUUGUUUUACAACGUAUGUUUGGCAACCCUAUUUCUGAUGAAAGUGAUGGCAACUCAAUUUUUGAUGAUGGAAUGGAACGGGUACUCGGUAUUCAUUGGCUGCCAAAAUCAGAUGUUUUUUGUUUUGAAUUAAAAUUACACAAAGUGGAUGAAAAGAUAUUGAAAUUGCAAAAAGUGCCAACGAAACGCGAAAUGUUGUCUUUAAAUAUGUCCGUAUUCGAUCCAUUCGGGUUUCUUGGUGAUUUUAUGGUGACGUCGAAGAUAAUUAUGCAAAAUGUGUGGAAAAGUGGUAUAAAGUGGGACGAGAAGUUGCCGUCCGCGAUUUAUAGCCGCUGGAAGACCUGGCUGGAGGAAUUGCCUAAAUUAAAGGAUUUCAAAGUUCCGAGGUGUUACAGUAAUGGAUUUUUUAAUGGUAUAGUAGAUUUGCAUGUGUUUGUGGAUGCCAGUGAAGAUGCAAUGGCUGCUGUGGCAUACUGGCGUAUAGUAACAAAUUGUGGUGUAAGUGUUGUGUUCGUUAUGGGCAAGACGAGCUGUGCCCCAACAAGAUACCAUACUAUACCUAAGCUUGAGUUGCAAGCAGCAGUAAUUGGAGUGCGAAUGAAGGAAAACAUUUUGGAAAAUCAUUUGAAGAAUAUUAAUAACAUUUAUUUUUGGUCAGAUUCCUCAACAGUGAUAAGUUGGAUCCGUUCAGAACACCGUACAUACAAACAAUAUGUGGCAAAUAGAGUGUCGGAGAUUCUGGAAAGCAGCCGUAUUGAGCAGUGGCGGUGGUGUCCAGGAGCGGAAAACCCAGCUGACGAAGGGACCCGUGCUAAAGGACCCAAGAAGUACCAGCCAGAAGGACGUUGGAAAAAUGGGCCAGAAUUCCUGAGAAAAGAAGAGAAGUAUUGGCCGGACGAGGAACAAAUUGGAACAUGUGUGGAUCACAGCAAAACAGAGCUAAGAAACAAAUACAAAGUUUUGGUGGCUUGUCAGGUAUGUUUUUGUAUUCCAGAUAUUAAUAGAUUUUCAAAAUAUCGUAGGCUGAAACGGGCAAUGGCGUGGACAUUCCGAUUCGUUGAAAAUAUGAAGAGGAAAUCAGUGGUGUCGGGUGAUUUGACGGUGGAAGAAGAAGCACGGGCAGAAAUGUAUCUCUGUCGCUGCGUACAGCAAGAAGUACAUGGGGAUGAAAUUCUUGACAUACAGAGAACUGGAUCAGUGUCUGCCAACAGCUCCAUAAAGUCUUUAAAUCCACAAAUUGGAAGUGAUGGUUUGCUUCGGGUAUCUGGAAGAAUAGAAAAUGCUGUUUUUUUGUCCCUGGAUACCAGACGACCAAUAAUUCUACACAAAGGUCAUCGUUUUACACUUUUGCUGGUGGAAUUUUACCAUUCUCGUUUUUGUCACAUAAAUGUUGCCACUACAAUGAGCGAAAUUCGUCUGCGAUUUUGGAUUCCGUCACUUCGUCAACUUCUAAGAAGCGUUCAGUCCCGAUGUCUUGUCUGCAAGAUUCGUAAGGCCAAACCAAUUCAACCACAAAUGGCCCCGUUACCCUUGGAACGUGUCACACCUUAUGUCAGAGCCUUUACCUACACAGGACUUGACUAUUUUGGUCCUGUAACAGUGUCAAUCCGGAGACAACGAGAAAAGAGGUGGGUGGCACUGUUUACAUGCCUUACAGUUCGCGCUGUCCACUUGGAAAUUGCAACAGACCUGUCGAGUGAUUCCUGCCUAAUGUGUAUUCGGAACUUCAUCAAUCGAAGAGGCGUCCCAGAGAUGAUAAGAAGCGACAAUGGGACGAAUUUCGUUGGCAUAGCAAAGGAGCUGCAAGGUAUAACCAAUUUUUUAGACACUAAUUCCGUUUCUUCUGGUCUGACAGCUCUUGGAAUAAAAUGGGUCUACAAUACGCCAGUGAAUCCCAGCGAAGGCGGAGUAUGGGAGCGUCUUGUCCAAUCUGUUAAGAAGGCUCUUUACAUCAUGCUAAAGGAGCAAGCCCCAAAACUGGAGACUCUACAAGCGUUCCUGAUUGAAGCGGAGAAUAUGGUCAACAGCAGGCCACUUACACAUUUGCCAGUUACUCCAGAGGACCCAGAUCCAUUGACUCCAAACCACUUUCUGCUUGGAUGUACCAAUUCAACCCAGACUCCAGCACCGUUUGAGCCUAGACUGAUGUGUUUAAGGAAGCAGUGGCGCGUCACCCAAAAUUUGAAGAAUGGCAUGUGGCAUCAGUGGCUUCGGGAAUAUCUUCCAGAAUUAACUCGAAGAACAAAAUGGUGUCUUCCUUCUCGGUCGUUGGAUGUUGGUUGCCUUGUGUUUGUUUGUGAUCCAGAGAUGGCUCGGAGUCAAUGGAGUCGUGGACGAGUCAUCGAAGUAUUCAGGGGCAAAGACGGAGUGGCACGAUCAGCCAAGGUGAGAACGAGUGCCGGUGUAUACCACAGACCUGUGUCCAAACUUGCCAUUUUGGACGUGGUUGCGGCUGGAGACGGAGUUGGUGAAGCCUCCCCCUCUGGGUCAGUUCACGGGGGUGGGGAUGUUGGAGAUGGUAACCCUGCAAUUACCAAAGCUAAAAAAGUGUAGCCAAAUUUGAAAUACCACUGUUAUAAAUGGCCGAAAUAUCCCAAGCGAAGAGGGAGACGAAACUAAAUUUAAGCCAACAUCUUCAUUUUGUUUAUUUUUGUUGUUUUGCUUAAUGUCACUUUUUAUAUAAAUAGGCCCUUAUGGCCAUUGUUUAUUCCCUUUUUUGUUAGAACCCAAAAAUAAGUAAGUCGUGUUAAUUUUUAUUGUUUUUAAAUUAAAUAUUUUUAUUUUUUUUUGUAAACUUAA